CAGACUUCAGAGUAAUUGGAAUUUGAGGAGCCAAUGCAAUCCUGAAUCUAAGAUUUCUGUCAUUUUGAAGUGUAUUCAAAAAGAAGAAAGGAAGGUUUUGUGGUAAACCUAAAUCAUGGAGGGACUCUUGCAUUAUAUAAAUCCAGCACAUGCUAUUUCUCUCCUAAGUGCUUUAAAUGAGGAACGACUGAAAGGGCAACUCUGUGAUGUUGUCCUAAUAGUAGGAGACCAGAAAUUUCGAGCUCACAAAAAUGUUUUGGCUGCCAGCAGUGAAUACUUUCAGACUUUGUUCACUACAAAAGAAAAUGAGUCUCAAUCAGUGUUUCAGCUUGACUUCUGUGAACCAGAUACUUUUGACAAUGUAUUAAACUACAUUUACUCAUCAUCUUUGUUUGUUGAGAAAAGCAGCCUUGCUGGUGUGCAAGAAGUGGGGUACAGUCUUGGAAUUUCCUUCCUUACUAAUAUUGUUUCUAGAAGUCCUCAACUUCCUUUGCCUGCAUGUCCUGUUAAGAAAAUACUGUUCCAAGAGGAAGAUGAAAGCAUUUCCCAGAAAAGAAGUGUCAUAGUUUGUCAGAACAAAAAUGAAGCACAGGGGGGAAAUGUUGGGCAAACACUACGUGACAUAAGCCAUAGUUCUAAACCCUUGCCCUUGAUUACUGCCAAAACUAAGCGGCCGCAAGUAACCCAGUCAACUGAGUUUCUGCAUAGCCUAUCAUUAAAUGAGAGGAGAUGGUUGAAAGACAGUUCUUUACGAUACUCCAAGUCCCAUGAAACAUCAGGUGCAGUGGAUGAUCAAAAUAGAACUAAAAGAAACGCAAUAAUGUCACAGAAACCUUUUGUGGACAAGGAAGUGAUAGCAGAUGAACCAGGAGGAAGCAAUCAGUUCCUAAGAGGAAAGGCAGCAGAAAUACCCUUGAAAAGGCCUUGUCCGCCAGCCAUAUCUCUGUGUAGCUCACCAGAAUCCACAUUUUUGUUGAGAGAGACAGGAAAAGGAGCUGGUCCAGGGGAAGACAGGAAUUUGCUAUACUAUUCAAAGUUAGGAUUAGUGAUCCCAUCUAGGGUAUGUGGCUCUGAAAACCAAAGUAUUGACAGGAGUGGACCGCUUGUAAAAAGUCUCCUUCGAAGGUCAUUGUCCAUGGAUAGUCAAGUUCCUGUUUAUUCAUCUAAUGUUGACUUGAAGCUUUCCCAAGGAUCUUCAGUGGUGAACAGCACACAAGGAAGAAUGUUAAAUGUAAUAUCCCAAAAGUCAUCUGUGAAAGAUUCUACAGAAAAGGAAGUUCCUGAUGACAAGACACAGGUAAUGCACCCACAUCGCCUUAGGUCCUUUAGUGCCUCUCAGUCAACAGACAGGGAGGUAACUUCUCCUCUUAAAGAAAUACGGAUAAAAACUGAACCUAGCAGUCCACUUUCAGAUCCUUCGGAAAUAAUUAGAAUUACAGUGGGGGAUGCUUCAACAUCUGCCAAUAAAAGCAACCCUUUUAAAACUGAAGUUCACCAUAGGGAUCUCAGUAGACUUCCAGCCAAAAGAAGGUUUCAAGCCGACAGAAGGCUACCACACACAAAAAUUGAGGUGGAUGAACAUGCCUCUCCUGGGUCAGAGGACAAUUUUGAGGAAAACUCAAAUCCUACCCCCUUUGCUGACUUUCCAGAUUCUGACAUUAGCAGAGAUGAAUGUAGUGAACUGGAAGAAACAAAGCCUAACAAAAAGUUUAAGUGCAAACAUUGCCUUAAGAUUUUCAGGUCAACAGCAGGCCUUCACCGUCACGUCAACAUGUACCAUAACCCUGAAAAACCAUAUGCUUGUGACAUUUGUCAUAAGAGAUUUCACACAAACUUCAAAGUUUGGACGCAUUGCCAGACACAGCAUGGAAUUGUGAAGAACCCCUCACCUGCUUCCAGUUCACAUGCCGUCUUGGAUGAAAAAUUCCAAAGGAAACUCAUCGAUAUAGUGAGAGAGCGAGAGAUUAAAAAGGCGUUGAUUGUUAAACUAAGGCGUGGCAAGCAAGGUUUUCAGGGACAGGCUGCUUCACAAGUACAACAAGUCAUCAAAAGAAACCUAAGGUCAAGAGCCAGAGGAGCCUACAUUUGCACCUACUGUGGGAAAGCAUAUCGCUUCCUGUCACAGUUUAAGCAGCAUAUAAAAAUGCACCCUGGGGAAAAAACAGUUGGAGGGAGUAAGGCUCUCAAACCAAAGGAGGACGCUCGUAUUGAAAGCCCGGUCGAAAACAAAAAAGUUUACCAGUGUCGUCUUUGUAAUGCUAAGCUUUCCUCUCUUAUUGAACAGGGAAAUCAUGAGCGGCUCUGCCGGAACGCAACGGUUUGUCCUUACUGCAGCCUCCGGUUUUCUUCUCUAGAGCUGAAGCACGACCAUGAAAUCACGUGCGAGUACAAGAAGCUCACCUGCCUAGAGUGCAUGCGCACUUUUAAAUCCUCCUUCAGUAUUUGGCGUCAUCAGGUUGAAGUCCAUAACCAAAAUACUAUGGCCCCAACAGAGAAUUUUUCGUUGCCAGUUCUGGAACACAAUGGCGAAGUAAGUAGUGCUUCAGGACUGCAUUCUCAGUCGGAGCCUCACAAAAUGAACAACUUCGUUGUAGCCAAAGAAGAUGGCGUAUUCAGCGAUUCCUCGGAACAAAUUAAUUUUGAUUCAGAAGAUUCCUCAUGCAUCCCUGAAGAUCUUAGUAUUUCCAAACAGUUUAAAGUUCAUAUCAAAGAAGAACCUGCAGAUGAUGUAGAAGAGGAGGUCUCAGAAGGCAGCCUGGAACCCAAGGAAACGGUUAUUAAUAAAGACACUGGUUUGUGGCCCUGUGAAAAGUGUGGGAAAAUUUUUACUAUACACAAGCAGCUAGAGCGUCACCAAGAGCUUUUGUGCUCUGUAAAGCCCUUCAUUUGCCAUGUGUGCAACAAAGCCUUCCGAACCAAUUUCCGUUUGUGGAGUCACUUCCAGUCCCAUAUGGCACAAGCUACAGAGGAACCUGUGCGUAAAGAACCUGAGAUGUGUGCAUCAGCAAAUUCUCCAUCACCGCCCCCUUUGCCUCCACCUCCACCACUUCCCAAAAUACAACCUUUGGAACCUGAUAGCCCUACAGGCGUGUCAGAAACCCCUUCAGCUACUGAGAAAUUAUUUGUUCCACAGGAAUCAGACACACUCUUUUACCAUGCUCCACCACUUUCAGCUAUCACAUUCAAAAGACAGUAUAUGUGCAAACUCUGCCACAGGACAUUCAAAACCGCAUUUAGCCUUUGGAGUCAUGAACAGACACACAAUUAAACACACACAUGAAGAGUGCCUACGGGGAUUCUAAAUCCUGUUUAAUUUCCAUGAUGUUGCUGAAGUUACACCACUGAAAUGAGAGAGAUCCAUAUAUAUACACACACACACACGUACACGUACAUACAAGGACAAGAAUCUUCAACAAUUAAAGUUGAAAAUUUGUGAUGCUGCUUUGGUUGUGGAAAUUAAGGUAAACUAAAUUUAUUAUCAGUAGAGUAAAUUGCUCACAAGUUUAAGUGUUGUGUUCUAGGACUUCCUAGUGAACGGAAUAAUUUCAUUCAUUAACAUCUGAUUACAUCAUCUUCAUCCUGCUAUUUAAUAUGGAUUCAUAUUAAAAAGCAACAGCAACUUAAGAGUUUAGAAUAAUGGAAAUCGUGAAAUUAGUUGAUUGUUUUCACAGAGUAACACUCUCAUGAGCUCUUUAUAAAUAUUAGCCAUUCAUUUGAGGUUAAGGGAAGAAAUGGAUUGAGUGCUUUGUUGUGUUGACCUUAAUCUUAUAGAACAUUAGCAAUAACAAAUAAAACCUCAUUUGAAUUAACCUGACACUUAUUGAAAAUUUUGAUUAAUAUGGAAUUUUUUUGUUAUUGGAAUUUUGUGUAUGGAUAUUGUGCAAACUACAAUACAAUUUCAGAUUAGCAAUAUGUGAAUAUUUGGAUUUUUAUAUACAAAGUAGCAGCCAGCCUGCCUCCAGCCAUUUUAAAGAGUUUUUGAAGGAAGAGUGUAGGAACAAAGAUGCACUGCUUUAUUUGAUCCUUCGAGGUUGAUAUUCUAUAGAUAUUUUGAUAACCAGAGUUAAUGUGAUGAGCAGCAGACAGCUGAUACCCUAAUGCAAACUAUAUAUUACUUUUUAACAUGGAACAGCAUUGAGUGGAUGUAAAAAAUUGUUGUACUUUGUUCCUUCUGAUCUGUGCGGAUGUGUUUUAUUACAGCGGAAUGUAUGAAUAUGCUAGUUCUGGAACAUACAAUUCCAUUAGGAGAUAGUGGUGAGCUCAUCCAGGACUACAAGUUCAAAUGUAAAUAUUUACAUAUGUAUAAAUGAAUAAAAUAAAAAUGCAAAGUCUUUAUUAAAAUGCCUAGUUCAGUGGAGGGGAAAAUGCAACACCACAAAUGUUGUAUUUCAUAAAUACAAGACCUGCAAUAAGCAGAAUGUUUCUAUCCUGUAUCAUAGUUUGGGCAUAUUUUUGUUUUGAGCAUUUGUUUAAAAGAGUACAAAAAUAUUUAAGACACAAUCCAAUGCAGAGUUAAGCAUGCUUAAGCCUAUUGAUUUCAGUGGGCCUAAGUAUAUACUCGAUUGUGGCCUUGGACUACAAUUAUGCUUGUUAUUAAGAGCAUAUAAAUCUCAUUCACUCCAGUACAUGUCCAUCUGACUCUCUCUCACACACAUGCACUCGUUUGCAGGACAGUAGUCGGACACCUUUUCCAAAGAUCCAUGUGUACUCUGAUGUAUGCACAAGUCUGGAUGCCCAGGGGUCCUUGUUCAUUAAUUUCUUCAAUUGAGACAAAUAGAGAAUUCAUUCUGUGGAGGGAAGCUCUGUGUGCAUGACGGUACUCUUGCAGAUGGAAAAGACUGAUGGAGUGGGGUGACAAGAUGUAGCAGGCUUCUGCCCCUAAAUGGCAGAGUAGAGUCGUUAGUACAGGUGUCUGCCAGGAACCUUUCAGUUUCCUGCUCAGGAAUUCAUAUUGAUUGCUAGUGGUAUUUUAAACUUUUAUCUAACGGGCUUACAUUAGAAUGAGUGGUGAGAGUGUGAAUGCUGCAGAUGUAUCAAUUUGCUCUUGUAGAUCAUUUUAGAUUGUGAGAUAAGAUAGCAAUGUUUGGUGUUCAGCCCUGGGUAAUUGUGACACUUAUUCAUGCUAUAAUUAAAAGACAUGAUGGGGCAUUUGUAAUUGAGUUUCGAUAGAGCAGGAGUUUCCAUAGAACUGGCACCCCACAUCUAAAGGCGGUAAUUUUAAACGGAAUCCUGUUAACAUUGGUGGAAAUUUGCUUUCAUGUUAAUCUAGUUAUAACAGCAACCUAAUACUGUUUCAAAGGCUCUUAUUAGUUAGAAAUACGUCCCAUAAAACAGUAGAGGUGAGCUACUGAGUGCAUUAAUAUGUGUUCAGGCCUUUUAUAUUUGUUUUCUGAGGAACAACUUCUGUAUCAGAAACUAUUUUUUGAAACUCAGGAGUGCUUUAAAAGUAGCUUCUGAUGAGGAAUGGGGAGCUGCUCUUCAAAAACAGAAGUAAAAUGUCCUGCCACAUGUGGAUCUUCCAUUGUGCUUCUAUAGAGCAUGAUCGAAACAUUUGAACAAGGUUUGAAAGGCAUCCAUAUUUUGACCUUCAUUUCCUAAACUCGCGCAUCAAGUUCUAAAACUGAAAGUGGGGCCUGUAUAGAGGUAUUGGGAUCCUGGGACAUGACAAACAACUUUGUAAUGCUGGCACAGUCUCCUAUCAGCACAGACGACAGCCUAGUCUGACAAACCCCGGGCAUACUGGGCAGCUGGGAUAUCCAGUUGCUCAGUACAGUGAACACAGAGGCAAUUGCAAACAGCUCUUGGUCAACCCACACCUUGCUGUGGGAAGAACAGAGCAUUGCAGGCUUCCAGAUCAGGAGCUACUUAAGUCAGCCACAGUAAUUGGUUAUUGUACAGCUUCUAUGGUGACCUCACACUCUGGUGCCCUGGGUGUACUGGAGAUUAGCUGUCAAUGCUGGUGAUGGAGAAGGUUUGUGGAUCAUGUCCCUAGUACUGAAUCAACAAGGCAAGAAAAUAUCUCAUGUUGUCCAUGAAAAACAUGCUUACUUCAGUAAGAUUAAUUUAGCGGUGUAGUCAUAGCCUGAAUAUGUGCAUGUUUACUCAGAAGUAAGUCCUACAGGGGUCUCCCAAGUAAGUAUGAUUAGGAUUCAAGUCCUUAUCUUGUUCCGUGUUUGCUAUAUUUUGUUUUUUAAACAAGGGUUAUGUUGAUUAGUAGAAUUUAAAAGACUUAAGUAAUUCUCAAAAAAAACUUUUCCACAACAAGUUUUGCAGCGAUAAAUAUCUUAAUCUCUUCCCUAAACACUUUAGCUAUUCAGACAUACUUUACCUAUCCUUAUUUUAAGAAGUUAAAUUAAUUGAUUGGCAUUGUAAGACAUUUUGUAAGGCAUCUGCCUUUAGAACAAGGUUCAUGCAGAGUCUUUAAACAGUCCUAACUUGCUAGAUAGUGAGACAAAGCUGGGUUUCCCCCCACCCCAUUAAAAUUAUGAGCCAUGGCAGAUUAAAGUAAUCAUUGAAAAGAUUUACUUUUUAGUUUCAAAAUAAAAUGAAUUUUUGACAAGAGUGUAAAUGUACCUUUCUGGGUUUAUCUAAAUGGAAUGGAACUAGUGCUAUGUUUGCAUCAGAACCUUGUUUUAUUACAUACUUAAAAGCUUUAGGACCAGUUCAUAGGAUUCCCCUCUCCCAAACAAUUCAGCAGUCCUUACCCAUCUUCACACAUCUGUGUCCUUGCACUUACAUGAAAAAACUUAAGCAAGAAUCAGGUGGCACAUCAAUACAAAUCUGCAGAAAUAGUAGGACCGCCCAGAGAGCUUCGGCUAUUGGGCGGUAUAGAAAUGUAAUAAAUAAAUAAA